AUGAUUAGACACACCACUGUGAAAAAUGUCGCGGCCAAACGGUAUCUUAUUAGCUUGACAACUACCCAGUGCCUACCAUUGAACAAUGCUCAUCGCCAUUAUUCUAAAUCUUCAAAUCCUCUCAAAUCAAGAGCCACUGCAACUGCCACUGCGUCAUCAUUUACUUCUUCAGCAAGACCAGAACCUGCACCAAGUUUCAAUGUGGAACCUUUAGAUUCAUCAGCACUAACCAAAAAAAGGUUCCGUGAGGACCCAGCAAUGGACAAUUCCCUAAUCGGACUUACAGGUGGUCAAAUAUUCCAUGAAAUGAUUCUUAGAAAUAACGUCGAUACAAUAUUCGGGUAUCCAGGUGGUGCCAUUCUUCCCGUCUACGAUGCCAUUCAUGAUAGUAAAUCCUUCCAAUUCAUUCUACCUAAGAAUGAACAAGGUGCCGGUCAUAUGGCUGAAGGCUAUGCAAGAGCAUCAGGUAAGCCAGGUGUGGUACUUGUCACAUCAGGACCUGCCGCAACUAACGUGAUUACUCCCAUGGCUGAUGCACUCGCUGAUGGAGUCCCCAUGGUCGUCUUCACAGGUCAAGUACCUACCUCUGCCAUUGGAACAGAUGCAUUCCAGGAAGCUGAUGUUUUGGGAAUAUCCAGAUCAUGUACUAAGUGGAAUGUCAUGGUGAGAACAGUGGAUGACAUGCCUCGUUGUAUUAAUGAAGCAUUCGAAAUUGCAAUGAGUGGUAGGCCUGGUCCUGUCUUGGUGGAUUUACCAAAGGAUGUGACUGCCGCUAUCUUGAGAAAUCCAAUUCCUGUCAAAUCUACCUUGCCAUCCUCUGCUCUAUCACAAAUUACAAAGCUAGCUCAUGACGAAUUCACUAUGGAAAACAUUGAGAGAGCUGCUGCGUUAAUUAAUAUUGCUAAGAAACCAGUUUUAUACGUGGGUGCUGGUAUUUUAAAUAAUGUGGAUGGACCAAGAAUCAUUAAAGAAUUAAGUGAUCGCGCUCAGAUUCCAGUAACAACAACUAUCCAAGGUUUAGGUGCAUUUGAUCAGGAGGAUCCAAAAUCGUUAGAUAUGUUGGGGAUGCAUGGUUGUGCUACUGCUAAUUUGGCAGUUCAAAACGCUGAUUUAGUCAUAGCUUUGGGGACAAGAUUUGACGAUCGUGUCACUGGUAAUAUUACCAAAUUUGCUCCCGAAGCUCGUCGUGCUGCUAUGGAGGGGAGAGGUGGUAUUAUUCAUUUCGAAAUAUCGCCAAAGAAUAUAAGCAAAGUUGUCGAGACUCAAGUUGCUGUCGAAGGUGAUGCUACAGCUAACGUGGAAAAAAUGUUGACUAAGAUUUUUCCUGUAAGAGAAAGAAAUGAAUGGUUCGGUAUGAUUAAUAAGUGGAAAAAGCAAUAUCCUUAUGAUUACAUGAGAGAAACUCCAACUUCUAAGAUAAAGCCCCAAACCGUCAUCACCAAAUUGUCGAAACUGGCAAACGAUUCUGGAAGACCCGUUAUUGUUACCACCGGUGUUGGUCAACAUCAAAUGUGGACAGCACAACAUUGGACAUGGAAAAACCCACGUAGUUUCAUUAGUUCGGGUGGGUUGGGUACAAUGGGAUACGGGUUACCUGCAGCAAUUGGUGCUCAAGUGGCAAAGCCAGAAGCCUUGGUCAUCGAUAUUGAUGGUGAUGCUUCUUUCAAUAUGUCUCUAACAGAAUUGAGUUCAGCUGUUCAAGCCGGUACUCCUGUGAAAGUCUUAAUACUAAAUAACGAAGAACAAGGUAUGGUCACCCAAUGGCAGUCAUUAUUCUAUGAGCAUCGUUAUUCUCAUACACAUCAAUUGAAUCCAGAUUUUAUAAAAUUAGCAGAUGCCAUGGGUUUAAAGGGUAUUAGAGUGAAAAAGCAAUCCGAUUUGGAUGCCGCACUAACAGAAUUUAUUUCUCAUCCUGGCCCAGUCCUAUUGGAAGUUGAAAUCGAGAAGAAAGUUCCUGUUUUACCAAUGGUCCCAACUGGGAAGGGGUUGGACGAAUUUAUAUCCUUUGAUCCUAAAGUUGAAAAUGAACAAAAAGAAUUGCGUCACCAACGUACAGGUGGUAGACACUAG